UUUUUACGAACGAUCGAGCCGCGAAUUUCUAGAAUGAACCGGUCAGGUCGCGAGAUGCGCGCAUAUGGCAGGCAAACUAACGUGUGUCUCCGACCACGCGUGGAUUAUAUCGGCUGACCAUUGUGAUCGCCGCACAAGGUCAUCGUACAUAUAUAUACAUGUAUAUAUUAACAUGUUCAGCAUAACAAAUCAAGUAAUGGAUGUAAACAUAGUAUACUAUGUUCUAAUUUUUGAAUCAGUUUCUAUCGGAUCGAUAAGUUUAUUAAUUAAUUAUGUGGAACCCUAUUUACCUAUUUUUAUAUCUCGUGGUUUUCGCUUUGGGAAGUGUAGCUCGAAGACUCAUCACGCUUUAUUAACAAAACUCGAAAUACCCAAAAAACGGUUUGGACAUUUUUAUAUAAUCUCUGGACCAAUACUGUUAUUUUUAUUUUACUUUGCAUUAAACAAAUAUUUCUAUAAUGAAAAUGCUCCCGAAAUUGUACUUUCAUUAUUGGAUAUAUUAUUUGGGACAUCAAGAAAGGCUUUAGUACCAGUGGAAAGUAUAAUUCUGGCUAUUUUCGUGUUUUCCAUACAUAUCUGGAAACGAAUAUGUGAAAUGUAUUAUAUUUGUGUAUUUAGCGAUCAAAAAAUAAAUAUAUUCCAUUAUAUACUUACAUUCUUGCAUUAUAUAACGACAUUAGUAUCUUUAAUUGGGGAGUCUGAAGGAUUUGUUAGAGACUCGCAUACGGAUUUGUCCUUGCAUAAAUUGACAAUUGCACAAUUGGUGUAUGCAUUUAUAUUUUUAUGGUCAACAUAUAUGCAACUUGAAAGUAAUUUUAUUCUUGCAAGAUUGCGUAAGAAUCAAUAUGGUGAUGUUGUGACUAAAGAGCACAAAAUACCGAUCGGCGGACUAUUUAAUUAUAUAUCAAAUCCGUUGCAACUAACGGAAAUAUUAAUGUAUUUAAUGUUAUCUGGAAUCCUCUGGCAAGCUUCUACAUUUCAUUAUGUCACUCUUUUUGUUAUAAUAAAUCAGGUAUGA